UAAUUGUUUUUGAAGUUAUACUUUAACACGUUUGACACCGCGAUAUCACUGGUCAGGUCAUGUCAACCACCGAUUGUCACCGAUAUUUGUCUCGUUUUGUCGGUAUCAGUGCCGACACACUUGAUAUUCUCGUUCAAAAUGGUGUCGAUUCGUUGAACACAUUGCGACUCAUCGAUAUGGACAUAGACUGGAAUCACUUACCGCCGCAGAUAUCAUUUGGUCAGAAGUUACUGUUGAGGAAGGCUUUGGCUAAACUCGUCGAUGUCACCGAUGAUGAUGACUAUAACGAUGACAGACAAGUGAUGGCUAUCAGUAGUUCAAUAGAACCUGACAGCAGUGAAGUGACAUCAAGUGAUAGUCAGCCAGAGUUGAAGACACAAGUCGUUGUUGAGAUAAGUCCGCAAAGAAUACAAAUUAACGAUUUAAACACAAACAGUGUCGACAAUUGUGUGGACACGACUAAGGGAUCACUUGUCUGUUCUUACUUUGGCUGCAAUAAGUCGUUUAAAAAGCGAAACAGUUUUAUUCGACACCAGACUUGUUAUCAUUCAACUGAUCGGCAAUUUGUCUGCAAUUACAAUGACUGCAACAAAUCAUUCAAAUGGCCUCAAACUCUGUGUAGACAUCAGAAAAAUAUUCACGGAAAAUAA